UGCAACUCCAGUUCAAGAGGAUCUGAUGUCUUCUUCUGACCUCUGCGGGUACCAGUCCGCAGACAUGUUCUCAAGUUAAAAGAAGAAUGAGAGAGAUAAAGAAAUCUCCACACAAGGGAUUUUCAAAUUUUCUGGAGUUAGGUCAGCCAGCCAGCAUCACAUUGACCAUGACAAAUUGCUUACCUGAACUCAAGUCAAAGGAUCAAGAUGAGAAGAACUUCAGAGUCACCUUUCAAGAGGAAAGGGAACUCACAGCUAAGAGUUUGCUUGAAAUAUCAGAAGAAACUUUGGACUUUGAAAUGUUGAGACUGUUGAAAACAUUGGGUCUCUUGAAGUUGAAUCGUAUUCCUUUUCCUGUAUGGGAUGUCAUGAGCCUUGGAGGUUGGAGCAGAAUGCUAAGAACUAAAGCUUUGGGGAUAUUUGCUGCCCAUACCCAGAUGAUCAUACUCUUCACCGUGUUACUUGUAGAGAGCAUUCGGUGCGGAACAAAGAGCCUCACCACGCCGUCUAAUAAGAACUACGAUGCAAAUACAUCACAUCGGGUAUUUUUCCUCUCAUGCAGCAAUUCCUUAGAAGAAGGUACAGGGCUUGCACAGGGCUCUGCUGCAUUCAGGAGCCCAGACUUCUGCUUUUUCUGUACUGCCGCCAUCGGUGAGUGUGUGGCUUCCAUUACCUCGUUCUCAAAUUGUUCAGCCUGGAAGUUCCAGCCAUCAUGUCUACAACCUCAUGAGGAAAAAGAUGCAGAGAAAAGAAAAAUCAGCCACUUUCUUACAAAAUUGUAACCAGCUACCUUUCUCUGCCCACAUUUCUCUGACUGAGAUUUCAUCACUCAGGUGUAGUUUUCUAAUUGGGUGAAUGAACUGGGGGAUCUACUCAGAAGGGAUAAAAGGGACACUGGCAGAUGUUGUGCUUUGAAUGUAAAAUGCCCCUUGUAGGUUUGAUGUGUUUGAACACUUAGUUCCCAGCUGGUGGUGCUGUUUUAGGAGCUCAUGGGACCUUUGGGAGGCAGAACCUCAUUGGAGGAAGUAUAUCACCAAGGGUAGGACUUGAGGGUUAGAGCCUGGCCCCACUUGCUGACUGGUCUUUGCUCCCCAGUUUGCCCAGAUGUGAGUGAGAAGCCUCAUGCUCCCACCAUUACCUCAAGAGCCAACCUUUCAUCAAUGCCUUCCUUGGCAUGAUGCACUGCACCCUCAAAUUAUGACCCCAAAUAAAUCUUCCCUUAAGUUGC